CGACAGCUCCAGCUGAAUGGUUCCCCAAUCAAGGGUCCACGCCGAGCCACGUGGCGAAAUAGAAAAGUCAACCGAAUAUCAUCCGAAGGAGACCGCAGAAAUGCCAGCCGAACGCGACGGAGAGGAUAGAAUAAUAAAAAGCGGGAAGAAUCAAUCGAAGCUCUGUCCGAUCUUCUUCUCGAUGGCUGGCACUUGCAGUUGCGGCAUCUUGGCUCAGCAACCCCUGUUCGAGCUCAAGCUCUCGCGAGCCCGCCCUCCUCCGUUCCCUCGACCCAAGAUGCAGCAGCGCCACAUUUCGGCGCGCACCCAUCGCCACGUUCAACGUCCCUGCCAGAAUUUGAGCCUCCCCAAGGGCCGUCUCGAAUCCGGGAAUGCCGAGUUUCCUAGUCUGCCCAUGUUGCCAAGUUCGAAGCUCGAGUUCACUGUUGGUGCACGGAGGGAGUAUGGUUCUACAGCUGGAGAUGCUGAGUCGCUCAUCUCCGACCCAAACAAAGAGGAGUUUUCUUGGUCUUCCGUUAUUCUUCCGUUCUUGUUCCCAGCACUCGGGGGAUUGUUAUUUGGUUAUGAUAUUGGUGCCACUUCGGGUGCAACCAUCUCGUUGCAGUCUCCUCUGCUUAGUGGCACUACUUGGUACGACCUCUCAGCUGUUCAGCUUGGUCUUGUGGUUAGCGGUUCUCUUUAUGGAGCUCUUCUAGGUUCCCUUCUUGUGUAUCCAAUUGCAGAUUUUCUUGGGAGGAGGCGAGAACUUAUUACAGCAGCUGUACUCUAUCUCUUCGGUUGUGUUAUCACAUCUUUUGCCCCUGGUCUUGGUGUUCUCUUAUUAGGAAGACUACUCUAUGGCCUAGGCAUUGGGCUGGCUAUGCGUGGAGCUCCUCUAUAUAUUGCGGAAACGUGCCCGUCUCAGAUUCGUGGAACCCUGAUAUCUUUGAAGGAACUCUUCAUAGUUCUUGGGAUUCUGUUGGGUUAUUUUGUGGGAAGCUUUCAGAUUGGAGUCGUUGGGGGGUGGCGAUACAUGUAUGGAGUGGGUGCCCCUAUUGCAUUAGUAAUGGGACUGGGCAUGUGGAGUCUUCCUCCAUCUCCUCGCUGGUUGCUUCUAAGGGCUGUCCAAGGUAAAGGGCCUUUACAAGACUACAAAGAAAAAGCAGUUGCUGCCCUGAGCAGAUUAAGGGGACGGCCCGCUGGUGACAAGGUGUCUGAAAGACAGAUAGAAGACACUCUCGUCCCCCUGAAAUCUGCCUAUGCAGACGAGGGACCCGAAGGAAGUUUUCUGGAGGUAUUCCAGGGGCCUAGCCUAAAAGCCUUCAUCAUCGCUGGCGGUUUAGUCCUUUUCCAACAGAUCACUGGGCAGCCGAGUGUUCUCUAUUAUGCAGGCCCAAUUCUCCAGAGUGCUGGCUUCUCUGCUGCUGCUGAUGCUACCCGAGUUUCAGUUGUAAUUGGCCUUUUCAAGUUACUGGUGACAUGGAUAGCUGUUCUAAAAGUUGAUGACCUUGGAAGAAGACCCCUGCUGAUUGGAGGUGUUGCUGGGAUUGUUAUCUCUUUACUCCUCCUCUCUUCUUAUUACAAAUUUCUCGGAGGAUUCCCUCUCGUUGCUGUUGCUUCUUUGCUCCUCUAUGUGGGUUGCUAUCAGAUAUCAUUUGGACCCAUCAGCUGGCUCAUGGUGUCAGAAAUAUUUCCACUGCGCACCCGAGGGCGGGGAAUCAGUCUUGCAGUACUGACAAACUUUGGAUCAAAUGCCAUUGUGACCUUCGCCUUCGCGCCUUUAAAGGAGUUGCUAGGAGCUGAAAAUGUUUUCCUCCUUUUUGGGGCUAUUGCUUUGCUAUCGCUCUUGUUUGUAGUCCUCCUUGUCCCAGAGACCAAAGGUUUGAGCUUGGAAGAAAUCGAGUCCAAAAUACUCAAGUGAAGGCAGUCACACCAUAUCAAUUUGUUGAAAGCUCUACAACAAGAAGAACCUUGACGAACCUGCUGAUGCAUGUCUCUUCCCAGCUGUGCAAAUUAGCAGGACUACUCAAAUGCUCCUUUUCACUCCCAAGUCCUAAUACUGUUAACAGAACAAGCAAGUACUCUCAGUUGAUGACAUUUGCACAGUGAUAUCCUUGUGGUUGAUACGACAAUUUGCAAAAUUGACCUGAUCAAGAGAUGCAAUGGAAAUCGAACAUUUUGCCA